AUGGAUAAUAAAACCGGACGUGUACUUUUUGCGUUGAAAUUUGGCAUUAUUAAAGAGUUUAAUGGAAAACGGUAUGUACAAAAUGCCAAAUUUGGUGGAAAAGUUUUCCUUGAUCUUGACAUUGAUGUGUUCAACUCUUACCGACAAAGGAUGCUUGAUGUUGAUGGUUUGGGGAACGAUUCAAAUCGUAUUACCCAAAUGGAUUCCCAGACAACAAUCACAAAACGUGAUGCUUUUCUCAAUGGUUUCCAGCGAAUGAACCUUUCCGAAAUUACAUUAGUUGAAGAGAAGGGCUGGGCAACCCGUGACCAAUCAUCAGGAAAGCAUGAUACUGAUUCUGAAAUUAGUCAAGACACAGGUGUGUACACAGGGUUUAAAUGCGCCCAAUGCAAAAAUGAGCGUGCCGUUUUUUCACCAAUGUUUAAGAUUAAUGUUCGGGUUAUCGAUUCCACCGGAUGUGCCACGUUUCUCUUAUGGGAUAAUGAUGUCAAGCAUUUGAUUCAUAGGACAGCACUAGAAUUAAGGAGAAAACAAGCUGAGAUGAAAAUUGAGAGUACACAAGAAGACGACGCUUACCCGAUUGAAAUCAAUGCAAUGCUUAAUAAACAGUGUCUGUUCAAGCUUGAUAUCUCGCCGAGCAAUAAUCCUAACUUACCAUCUGAUAUAAAGGUUGCAAAGAUGACUAAUGACCCGGACAUAAUCAGUGAGUUCUUGGCCAUCCAUAGACAAGACAUGGGAGGUGGGUCUGAUAUGACAACUACUCCAGCGAGGAAUAACACAAGAGUUACCGAAGAAUCUAAGAAUAUUGCAUCUCAAUCAGGAGAUUCUGAACAAGUUAAUGAAGAAUUGGUCACUACUGCAAGUAGUCCAAUUAGCAAAGGAAAGAUGAAAAAUCUUGAUACUCCACCUUCAACUGUUCAAUCAGCAAAUACCCGCAAAAGGAAGAUGGUGUUGGAUGAUGAUGAGUAG